UAGUUUCUCCUCCGGCUAUCCGUUACCCACGAGUAUGCCAAUCAAAUCCCCUCUCUCUCUUUCUCUCUCUUCCCAUUAACAAAUAACAGUAAGCCACCACACCACUUUCUAACCCCACCCCACUUCUUCUUCCCCACUUUCUUCUUCAUUCUUCCUUCUUCUUCUUCAAAAUCUCAGAUGGGUUUUUGAUUUUGAAGUUGUUGCACUUAAUCUUCUUCUUCUAUUUCCACUCAUUUCAUUAUUCUCUGUUUUUAAAGUAGGGAAAACAGCAAAAAAGGUAAAGUGGGGGAAGAAGAUUUUUGUUGUUUAUUCUUCUUCCAUGAAUGCUUCCUUGCUUCUUUGACACCCAUUUCCCCUUUUUCUAUUUGAAAUUCUCUAUAUUCAUUACUUCUCUUAACUGACCUACCAAGCAAAGCAGAGAGACCCACAAAUUGGAUUUCAUGAUUAUUUCCUCUCCUUCCUUCUUUGCUUCUGGGAAUCUUUCAGUUUCUUUGGAAUCGAGAACUUGGGGUUGGGUAUUGAUCUUGGUUUAAGCUUCUUCAAUGUCUAAGACCCCGUCUGUGAUUGAUCUUGAAGCCAUGCCGUUUAGUGAAGUUUGCAAUAAACUUAAGCGUUUGAGAUUGUUCGAGCCUUCUCUUGGGGUUUUGGGGUUUUUUUUUGUGUCUGUUUGUUUGAUUUGUAGCUUCUUUUUCUUGGAUUACAGAACUGCUUCAAAAGGGUUUGUGUUUCCUCUUCGAUCGGAGAGAUUUGUUUGGCUGAGAAAUGCUAAUUUCGGUCAGAAUCGGAAGGUUGAGUUUCUUUCUGAAGAGGGAAAUAGGUGUGAUUUGUUUGAUGGGGAUUGGGUUUGGGAUGAUUCUUAUCCUUUGUACGAGUCCAAGAACUGUCCAUUUGUGGACCAAGGCUUUCGCUGCUCUGAAAAUGGCCGCCCUGAUUUGUUCUACACAAAAUGGAGAUGGCAACCCAAACUUUGCAACUUGCCCAGGUUCAAUGCAACGUUAAUGUUGGAGAAAAUGCGAAACAAACGGGUGGUGUUUGUCGGUGACUCGAUUGGAAGAAACCAAUGGGAAUCUCUUCUGUGUAUGCUGUCAUCUGCAGUUCCAAACAAAGAAUCCAUCUAUGAAGUGAAUGGUAGUCCAAUAACAAAGCACAAGGGAUUCUUGGUGUUCAAGUUCAAGGAUUUCAACUGCACAGUUGAAUACUACAGAGCUCCGUUUCUUGUCUUGCAGAGUCGACCUCCUUCUGGAGCUUCUCAAGAGAUUAAGACUACUCUUAAACUAGAUCAGAUGGAUUGGUCCUCAGCCAAGUGGCGAGAUGCCGAUGUUUUGGUCUUUAAUACUGGGCAUUGGUGGAACUACGAGAAGACCAUAAGAGGAGGCUGUUACUUCCAAGAAGGGAAGGAGGUAAAGAUGGAAAUGAAGAUUGAAGAUGCAUAUCAGCAGUCACUCAAGACUGUGAUGCACUGGAUCAACAAAGAACUAAACUCGAAAAAAACGACUGUCUUCUUUCGAAUGUUCGCCCCUGUACAUUUUCGUGGUGGAGAUUGGAGGAAUGGUGGUAGCUGUCACUUGGAAGCUCUGCCAGACCUUGGUUCUUUGCUUGUUCCUCCCGAAACCUGGUCACAUUUUCGGAUAGCUAAUUCCAUCCUAUCAGGUUAUUCGACCACUCCAAAUUCAACUAAACUAGAGAUAUUAAACAUAACUCGAAUGACUGCACAGAGAAAGGACGGGCAUUCGUCUUUAUACUACCUUGGUCCUGAUGUUGGUCCUGCACCUCCUCAUCGACAGGAUUGCAGUCACUGGUGUUUGCCUGGGGUUCCUGAUGUGUGGAAUGAACUUCUUUAUGCAAUGCUCUUGAAGCAUGAAUGGAAUUCAUCAACUUCUCAGGCCAAACAAAUCUGAUUGAAGCUGAAGGAUUUUGAUGCCAAAUAGACAUCCUGAUAUUUCAUAGUUUGGACAUAAUGAGUAGGUCGAUCGCCUUCUUGCAAGAGCAGUUUGGAGUUUUCGAAGAAGAUUUACACAGAAGUGAAGCAAAGUGAUUGAAUUUGCUUACAGAAAUGAUAACCAGAGAAGGCCAAUACAACAUUCUUCAUUAGCUUUGGAAGUAGCCAAAAUUUUUGGACAGACAGGGGGUUUACUUGGAAGAAUAAACAGCAUAGAUUUUUUUUUUUUUUUUUUUCCUUUUUUUAAUUGAUUUAAUGGGCAUUUUGUACAUAUUUAAUGCUAAAUUGAUAAUAUUACAGUGAAAAAAUGUAUGUUUUUCCGUAGUAAUGUAUGUCUUCCAUUCAUUCAAA